GUAGUGAGUCUCUCUUGGCAACGACGAAGCUGAAGCUGAAGCUACUGAUUUAAUGGAGAAAGUCGUGAAAGCAGCCGAAGAUCUCUACAAGAUUCGUGACACUUACUUUCCGCUGAAUCCACAAGACAAAAUCACCAAGCUGCAAGACGAAUCGGAUCUCGUUUUGAAGCUUCUCGAUUCUAUUCCUUCUGAAGAAAGGAAGUUGCCCAUGCAAAGGGCAACAUAUGAGUUUUUGAGGGGGAAGAUAUUGGAUGUAUUUCCAGAAUUUAGGAAAGAAGCAGAGGAUCAUCUCUCAAAAGCUGUGAAACUGAAUCCAUCUCUGGCUGAAGCUUGGCUAUGCCUUGGUAAUUGCAUUUGGAAAAAAGGUGAUCUGACUGCUGCAAAGAACUGUUUUACACUCGCAAUAAGCAAGGGUCCAAACAAGAGGAUACUCUGUCAGCUGUCAAUGCUUGAAAGACAGAUAGCCCAAGAUGCUGAGAAUCAAGCAGAAAUUGUUGAAGGAAGCAUCAAACUUGCAAAGGAAGCUGUAGCUCUUGAUGUAAAGGAUGGGAACUCCUGGUACAACUUAGGAAACGCAUGUCUCACUUGUUUCUUUGUAACUGGAGCAUGGGAUCACAGCAAGCUUUUGCAAGCCUUGAAAGCAUAUCAAAAUGCCGAAAAAGACGAGUGCAUGAAAUCCAAUCCUGACCUCUAUUUUAACUGGGCUACAGUGGACAAAUAUCUGGAGAACUAUGAAAGGGCUUUAACUGGAUUUGAGGCUGCUUCCUUGAAGGAUCCUGGUCUUAAUGCUACAGAGGAGGUCCAAAAGAUUGUCAAUCUCCUUCACAAGCUGGACUCUUUGUUCAAGGGACAAAUUAAUGCAAAACAACUUGAUUUAUCAGCCUCGUCAUUAUCUGCAGUUAGUUUGGAUGCUUCAUACAGAAGAGCCAAUAUACACGAACUAUCAGAGGGUCUCAACCAAAAAGUUGCUAUUGUUGGGAAAGUCAUUCUCUUUGUCAAGCAUGAUAAUAUUGCUCCUCUGUACUACCUGACAUGUGAUUCAAAUAAAAAAUUCUGUGUUAUCUCGAUAUAUGGUGUACACAGUGAAACAAUUAAAGAAGGCGAUCAACUGACAGUUUUGGAUCCGUACUACCAUUAUGUUGACAUCUCUUGGAAGGGAAAGUUAUACCAGUUCAAGUCAGUUAGAGUGGAUUUCUUGGAGCAGUUGAUUGUGAAUGGAAAAAUCGUAUCCUCUCGUCAAGCAGUUCGAACCUCCAUAUACGCUCAACACAAACCCUGACGACUAGAAAUCAUUAUUUUGUUCAUACCCUUUUUGGCUUUUUGUGUGCAAAGUAAAUGAAUGAAUGCCCUUGUGCAAGAUCAAGACGAUGAAGAUUCGGAGGAUUGAUUGGUCUAGUCAGGCUAUAUAGAUUUGGAUUUUAUAUCAUCAUCUAUUUUUGAAUUUCAUUUUCUGAACUAGAUGUAGAUUUGAAUUGAGAUGUUUGUGAAGAUCUUCUUUUUCAGUUCUGUGUAAUCUCAUCGUUUAAAAUGUCUGAUGUCAUCUUAGUCAUAUUUAGGCCUCUUUGUUGAUUUUUUGAAUUAUUGUAAUGGUAUGAAAUGUGUGUGAUUCAAGACUUGUUUGUUUUUUAAAAGAUAACUGUGAUUUAUGCACAAAAAGUUACAAUCACAA